UUCCUCUCUCUCUCUCUCUCUCUCAAUAUAUAUUAUACAUAUAUCCCCUUUGUGCCUUAUUUAUCCCUUCUUUAUUAUUUCUGAAAAUGAGCCCCAAAGUUGCGGAAGACAUUAUAAACGACUGGUCCCAACACAGUUCCUCCAUUGAACUAAACGCCAUGACAGACAAUGAGCCAAAACCAAUAAACAGAACAGACGAAAUUGAACUUGUGCAUAGGCUUGAUAAAAGGCUACUAGUCUUUGCAAUGUUUGGUAAUUUAGUAAAAGCAUUAGAUAACACAAAUUUAGCAAGCGCCUUUAUCAGCGGUAUGGAAGAAGAACUGCAUAUUACUGGAUUACAGUAUAAUUGGAUGGGCGUACUAUUUAUGAUAGGCUAUCUAACUAUGCAAAUUCCUUCAAAUAUAUUAUUAUCAAAUAUGAGGCCAUCGAGGUAUUUACCUGCGCUUGAGAUAAUAUGGUGCAUAUUGACUAUCGCCAUGGCGUGUGUACAGUCUGUAAAAGGAGUCUAUGUGAUACGAUUUUUACUUGGAUUGGCUGAAGCAGGCUUCUACCCUGGCAUUGUAUUUUUGAUUGGUACAUGGUACACGAAAAAAGAAUUGGGAAAAAGAUUGGCGUUAUUGACCAUAUGUGGAUCUUUUGGGAGUGGACUAAGUGGCGUCGUACAAGCCGUCAUGCUAAAAACAAUGGAUGGAGUUUUUGGUGUCAGUGGAUGGAGAUGGAUGUUUUUAUUUGAUGCAUCAAUUACAAUUAUCCUGGCUGUUUUAGGAUAUCACUAUUUACCUGAUUAUCCUCAUAAUACAACGUGGCUGAAUACUUCUGAAAGAGAGCUUGCAGUACAACGACUCGGUACAGAUGAUUCCGCUGAAGGAAAAAGAGUUUCGAAAAGCAAAAGAAUAGACAAAAUAAAGCUCUUACUAAAGAACAAGUAUCUCUAUCCAUUUAUGAUCAGCUGGGCUUCUGUUCAUAUUGCUUUGGGCGCCCCACACGUUUUGGGAAUAGUAGCAAAGAAAUUAGGUUUUGAUGCCAUCACCGCCAACUUGUUGACCACUCCUGACACUAUUCUUACAAUGAUGGCUGGACUAUGUAACGGGUUUUUGAGCGACAAAUUCCGUACACGUAUUUGGUGUAUUGUAAUCCCCGCACUCUUUGGGUUGGUUGGAAUGAGUUUGUUAUCCGCUUUUGUACAACCGUUUCCAAUUCUGUACGCUGGAUUUUUACUAGUCCAUGCAGGCUUAGGGUCUCUUACCUCAAUUGUGAUGACUUGGGCAAGUGAAGUGAUAUCAUCAAACGGAGAGAUAAGAGCGAUGGCGAUUGCAAUCAUGAAUACCUCGUCUUCUUUGAUGUGGAUUUGGACUCCACUUGUGCUAUGGCCAGUAACAGACGCACCUUUCUAUCACAGAGGAUUUACAACAAGUGCAUUUUUAAUUAUUUUGUUUAUUGGUUUCAUGAUAUCAGUUGCUUAUUUGCAGCAAAGAGAUAGUAUGGUAAAACGAAAGGAUUCCAAUGAUUUUGCAGAACAAGGCAUCAUGCCCUUACUACAGGAUAAUGAUAGUGAAGUUCUUUUAAAAACAUCCUUUGAAGAUGAUAAUGAUGAUGAGAUUCAGACUUUGAAGAUUCAUAGAAUCGCAACAUCAUCUAAUGCUUAAUAAAUGUUUUUAUGUGAUGGGAAUACAAUUAAUCCAGUAAAUUGUGUCUGUUUGAGAUAUAAAAUGGCAUCUCCAAAAGAAACACUUUACCUGUUUCGCAAAAAGAGUAGCAAAUCUACCUGCAGAAGGCUAAUAUU